CAGACGCCGUGAGCAGUGUUCGUGCGCCGGUCCAUGCCAUCGUGAGCGUAGCGUCCGCGUUUCGCCCGUUCAUUUACCUCGCCGUCUCAGACUAAACAUGGAAGUUUUUCGCAGUCGCUGCAACAAGUUUACUGUGACUUAAGUGUGUGCUGUGGUCAGUGUUCACCAUGAGUGUUCUUUGGUGGUGGAAGUGAAAAGUGAUUGUGUGUGCCGCGGUACAACGACCAUCCACAAGAAUCCUCAAGAGGUGCACAUACCUGCGUUUUAAAAGGCGCGAUGGAUGCGGCCGCAAAGAAGGCAGCGGACCGGGAGGCUUUGCGACACGUGAUCCAACAAUGGAACGCCAACCGCCUGGACAUCUUCGAGCUCUCCGAGCCCAACGAGGAGCUCGAGUUCCACGGCGUGAUGCGCUUUUACUUCCAAGACUCCGGGCAGAAGGUGGCCACCAAGUGCAUCCGCGUGGCCUCGGACGCCACGUCGCAGGCCGUCAUAGAAACGCUCAUCGAAAAGUUCCGGCCGGACAUGCGCAUGCUGUCCGUGCCAGAGUACGCCCUCUACGAGAUCCACGAGAAUGGAGAUGAACGGCGGCUCGGCACGGAGGAGAAGCCCCUGCUGGUGCAGCUCAACUGGCACAAGGAUGACCGGGAGGGCAGGUUUCUGCUGCGGCGGAUCAACGACAAGACCAAUGCCAGUGUCACAUUUCAAAAAAUGCCAGCCAACACGUUCCAGGAGGAGAACACUAGCUUUAAGAGGAAACUGUCGAAGCGGGAGAAGAAGAUGCUCAAGAAGCAGGAGAAGCAGAACAGGAUUAAGAACAACGAAAACGAGGAAAACCCCGCUGGCGUGGCCGGCAAGCUGUACACAGAGCUGCCCGAGACGAGCUUCACGCGGUCCAUCUCCAACCCCGAGGCGGUGAUGAGGCGGCGGCGGCAGCAGAAGCUGGAGAAGAAGCUGCAGCAGUUCCGCAGCAAGGACGGCGGCCCGGACACGGGCGGCACCCUCAAGAUCUACGGCGAGGCGCUGUGCAAGGACGUGCCCUACAAGACGCUGCUGCUGUCCAUCGGCGACUCGGCCGCGCAGGUGGUGCGCGAGAUGCUGGCCAAGUACGGGCUGGACCGCGAGGACCCGCACGUGUACUGCCUGGUGCAGGUCAACACCAACAUCCCCGAGUCCACCAACGACAGCAAGGAGUACCACGGCGGCACCAACAACCGCGAGUACAUCCUGGACGACGACGAGUGCCCGCUCGCCAUCCUCAUGAACCACCCCAACUCGAGAGGCUCCAUCAUGUUCCACGUGCGGCGGCGGCCCGCGGACUACCACCCUCGGAAGCGGAAGAAGAAGCCGCAGCAGGCGGGCAAGUGGGGCAAGGACGGCCUGGAGGGCGUGGACGCGGACGGGCGCUACGACGACACCUACAUGCCCUUCUUCCUCGAGCUCAACCCCGACGGCACGGACAUGAUGUCGGCCACGCCGCAGCGCCACCGCCUGCAGCUCAACGUGACGGAGGUGGGCAGCGAGCGGCCCGUCAACGGCCACCAGGCCAUGCAGUCCCAGUCGCAGUGCCUGACGCUGCACGGCCCCCACGUGAUGCCGCGCCACUGCGUCGUGGCUCACACCGAGGGCAUCGUGACGGUGACGCCGUGCAGCAGGGACGCCGAGACCUACGUCAACAACGUCCGCAUCUACGAGACCACCAUCCUGCAGAAUGGAGCCACAGUCAAAUUUGGAAGGCUUCACAACUUCAGGUUUAUUGACCCCAACUUCGAGGACAGAAACAGGCAACGGCUAGCUCAUGAAUACUCGUAUGACAGACAAUCAAGAGAAGAACCCACCUCUCCCUCUGGUGUCCUAAACAGUACAUCAGGCAUGCCUGGUGGUAAUAGUACGCAGAAUUACGAGACCACCUUUGAUGUGGAUGGAAAUGUAGAAACAGUUUCAACGUCCAGCCUUGGCAACAAAGAUGAAACACGGUCUCAACGAUCUGUUUGCAGUAGUCGAGAUGGAAAUAGGCUAUCCAAUUAUGAGCGAUAUCCUAGAGGCUCUGAUGCCAUCCUCCCUGCCGUCCUUGAAUUCAGAGAAGAGACGGAAGAAGCAUUCUUGCAUGCCAUUAUUACCGACCUGGACCCAAAUGCUGUCGGGCUCAAGUUAGCACCAACAUACACAUUGUACCUGGCUGCUCGCUACAGAGCAUCAACCCACUACCAGCCUGACUUAACACCCACAGAGCGAGCAGAUAGGCUGACAAUUUUGCUGGCAAGAGUAGCCGCCAUGAUCCAAAAUGUUAUCCAAGAACGGUACUCAGACUCCCUUUCCUUGGCAUUCUGGAUGGCAAAUGCAUCAGAACUGCUUCAUUUCUUAAAGUCAGACCGACAUGUUUCGGCCUUUUCUCUGGAUGCCCAAGAUAUUCUAGCAGAAGCAGUGCAAAUGGCAUUUAGAAAUUUAGUCUCGUGUUUACAAGGAGAAUUAUCAGCUGUUAUGCCAUCUUUUAUGUCAGAAAGGGAUGAUUUACAAGAUGAAGAGAAUGGAUCCGUUUUGCAAGUGCUCACCAACACGAUGAGCCUGCUGCGGCGGUGCCGUGUUAACGCGGCGCUAACCAUUCAGCUGUUCUCACAGCUGUUCCACUUUGUCAAUGUGUGGGCAUUCAACUGUGUUGUUACCAGUCCAUCACCAGCAUCAAGCGUGUGUUUCUGCUCUCGUGCUUGGGGACUUAGAUUUAAGGCAAGGUUGGCCCAACUGGAGGUUUGGGCUGAGAGACAAGGUUUGGAGCUGGCUGCAGACUGCCAUUUGGCUAGGAUAAUUCAAGCUGCUCACUUACUGCAGGCACCAAAGUAUACAGCGGAUGAUUUAGCAACUAUAAGCUCAACGUGUUUUAAAUUGAACUCACUUCAAUUAAGAGCACUUCUUACAAAAUACCAACCUGCUCCAGAUGAACCACGUCUGUCACCUGAGCUAGUGGAGAAUGUGGUGAGGGUCGCGGAGAACGUGGCGGACGAGCUGGCGCGGACAGACGGCCGGGAGGUGCAGCUGACGGAGGAGCCGCUGCUGCAGCUGCCGUUCCUUCUGCCCGAGGACGGCUACAGCUGCGACGUGGUGCGAGGCGUCCCCCAGGGCCUCGCCGACUUCCUGGCGCCGCUCAGCCACGCCGCGCUGUGCCGCAUGACGGUCCAGCCCACGUCCAGCGGGCUGUGGACAGUGUACCAGAUGCAGGAGGGCCACCCCGGGGCGAGGAGCCCAAGUGCCAUGAGCAACCGCUCGAGCGGAUUCCAGCCGGCCAUGCAGCAGCAGCCCGAGUACCAAGUCAUCAAGCUGCACAAGUCCAACAACGGCAUGGGCCUCAGCAUCGUCGCCGCCAAGGGUGCUGGCCAGGACCGUCUUGGAAUCUACAUCAAAUCUGUGGUGAAGGGAGGAGCAGCUGAUAUUGAUGGACAACUUCAAGCAGGUGACCAACUUCUGAAAGUAGAUGGUCAAAGUUUAGUAGGCAUUACGCAAGAAAAAGCUGCUGAGUAUCUAGUUCGCACUGGACCAGUAGUCACUCUUGAAGUAGCCAAGCAGGGGGCUAUUUACCACGGUUUAGCUACUCUCCUGUCGCAGCCUUCUCCAGUCAUGGGAAGAGCAUCUUCUCGGCCUUCCUCUCCUCUGAACUGUUCGGGAGGUAAUCGCUUACCCACCAGCAUUUCAAUGGGAAACAUACGCCCAAGCUACAAUGAACGCCUCCCAGAAUGGAGUAACCGUCCCCCUCCAGGUGUGGCUUCCUCAACUCUUCCUCGCCGUCCCACCUCCUUAGGUAGCAACUUUCGUCCUAACCAUCGUCAGUACCUCUCUCCAUUUGAUACCCCAUCUCAGUACAAUUGUAUGAAUGUGGACAGUUGGCAGAAUACUCUUUCCCCACAUACACCAUCAGGUAACAUCGGAGGCAUCAUCACUCCAACAUUUGUUGUAACUCCACCUGAGGCUGAAACUGCCUCAAACCAUACAUAUCUUGAAGUGCCUGCUAAUCAUAACAAGUGCUACAACAAUCCAGCACCAGAUGAAAUCUGUGAGUGUGAGAAAGAAGCUUUGCGUUCAAAGCAAGAAGCUACGGGUCUGUUGAAAGGUAAUGCGUCUAACGUUGAGAAAUCUUCUCCAAACUCAGUCAAUUGGAAAGCGGAAGUGAUUCGACGCUAUCGAGAGCGUUUGGAGCAGAAACAGAGUCAGAAUGUGAACCCAGAAGAAAUAAAAUGUCAUCUAACAAAUGGAGUGCACAAUAUUGACAAAAGAGAAAAUAAUGUAGACAUUUGUGGAUCUGAAAAUGGAGCUGACUCCAAUUCUACUUGCUCAACAUUAGAGGCUGAUUGGGAUUCUCUUUCCUCUUCUUCUCAUCGUAUCAAUGAAACUCGCAAGCCUGUGUCUAAAGACCUAGAAAGACCUCAAAAUGAGGUGUGUAGCGUAGAGAGAGGAGGACCUAAAGUAGCCUGUUGUAAUAAUAAGGAUGGCAAACUCACAGAAGAAGAAAAAGAUACAAAAAUAAGAGAAGUGCAGGAAAUAGUGAGUUCACUUGAGAGUAUACCAACAACUUUAGAUGAUGCUCAAGUUGAUCGUUCAUCAAAAUACAGGGUUUCCUUUAGCAGUUUGGACAAAGUUAGGGAAAAUCCUCUUUUGAAACCAUUUUCUUCAGGAGUGAGGUGGAAAGAAGACUUUUUUUCAUCUAUGCUUAACUUAGAUCUGGCUAUGCUUGAUGAAAAUUCUUGUAGCUCGUCCUGCCAUAGCAGUCUAAGUUUAACACAAGAUGUAUCUCCCAGAGAUCUUAUUUUUGGGUGUGGCAGAGUGGCAGCAUUAGCUCGUCAUUUUUCUCAACUGGGUGAGUCAGAGGCUUGCAAUGUCCGGAGGACUAAGUCAGAACCUGAUAUCAGUCCACGAACUGAUAAGAGGCGGCAGGACAGUGACUACACUGUUGUGUAUUCUGUUGGUCUUAAGUCUGUUGGGUUUAGUGUUGACCAAAAUUCAGGAGGUGCACCUGAGGUGCUUGAUGUUGACUGUAAUGAAGAUAGGGUUUCCUUAAAAGACCCGAGUUUCGACCUUGAGAAAGUGCGUCUCCCUGAAGAGAUAGCAGGGGAGGACAGUAGGUGCAUAUCACCAAGUGACCACAACUCGAGUGGUUCUGAGGAUUCCAACAGUCCGUGGGUGCAGCUUCGAAGAUUAUUGCAAGCUGAAUCGAAACGAAGUGAAGGGAGUGAAUUGAAUCGUGAAGAUGAUUUGGAAGAAUUGUCAGACUUAAAAGAAGAACCAGUGACAAACAUGUGGGCUCGAAUGAAGAAAUUGGUGAAAGGGGGCAGUGCCUCUGGCGAUGAUGACUGUACUUCAGGACAGGUCUCGACUUCCUGGAUGUACAAAACUGAUGUCAAAGCCAAGCCUGAAAAAUCAAAGCCAGAGAGGAAAACAAAAAAGAAGUCAACAGUGUCUCUUGAUUCAUCAUAUCUCUCCUUUGAUGUGACUGCUAAUGAACCUGUUAUUAAGAACAGCGUUAGUGAAAACUGCCUAAUGUCAUCUGUUGCACGAGACACUCAACCCAGUGUAUUUUCCAGAGGAGAAAGAUCUAGAAGUGAAGAAGCUCUUUUGCAGAAAAAGAAACCAAAGAGGAGAGUGGUGUUUUCUUGUGUUCAAGAAAACAGUGAUGGAGAGAAGUCACCAUCAAUUCAACGAUAUUCUGUUACCAAACCUAAUUUCCCUGAAAAUGACUCUCCCUCUGUGCGACGUUAUUCUGUCACAAAGCCAGUAGAAACGAGGCCAAAGUUUCCUGAUGCAUACAUACGUACAAGAACUUGCCAAAGUGUAGAAGAUUUGCCAAAGAAAAUUACAGAAAAUCCAGUUCAAAGAAGUUUAGCUCGGCAAUUUGUGUCUAUGCCACAUAUAAUGCAUCCACUUUAUAUAGGUGGACACACCCAUUUAAUUCCUAUCAGGGCAAAUAGUGAUGAAACGAUUUGUCGGCAUCUGCAUUGCACCCAUCUCAACAGUUAUUACCACCCUUGGCCCAGACGUAUGAGUGAACGUGACUUGCCAUCUCGAGUUCUUAGCGAACAGAACCAUAACACAAGCACAUUAAAUGGUGGCCGUAAUAUACUCCCCCCGCAUGCGCCUAUUCACAGCUCAAAAUCUGUACCUUCACUUAACACUGGAGGUCACAAUGACAGUCCUGGCAUGGUGAACAUGGGUCAUGGUCCCAUGGGGCCCAUGAGUCCAAUCAGUCCGAUAAUGGGGCCAGGUGCAGGGCGCCCACCACACCAUGAAGUAUUUAAUCCUGGAUACUCUCGAACUUCAUCCACAACCAGCAUCCCUCAGGGGCUGAGGUCAAGGUCGAGCCAGAACCUUGCUGACCCUCGCUCACCCAAUGGAGCGACUUUGCCACCCAUGGGGCUGGGGUCCAGGCAAAUGUCUAACCCCAGUCUCCAGCCACCACAACAGCCCCCUCAGUCUCAGCAUAGUCCAAAUGGACACUCUGCUGGCCCUGAUGGGGAGCGCUUCUAUCAAAAUCUGAGUAUUUACCGUAAUCAAGAUAUGCACAAUGGAUACCCACCUCAGGCCAGAGGCAAGUUGCCUAGUCCCCAGCAUCCAUCUGGUAUGCCUCAGCCACAACAGGACAGGAGUCCUCCACACAUGCAAAAAAAUCUUCAGAAUAUGCAUAAUCUGAGAGGAUCACAAUCUUCAUUGCAUAGAGACAGACCAGCAUCUGCGUAUCUGCCUCAAAACUCACCUCACACACAGAUUAUACCUGGAAUGGGUGGAAUGCAGGCACGUUCCCAGUCAUCCAGAGACAUGGUUCAAAAUGCCAAACUUGCUGAAAUGCAGGAAGAGGUUCGGAGACGUGAGCUGAGGCAACAACAAGGUCAACAGGUUCAGCCCCUGAGGCCACAGAUGAUGAGUCCACUGAGCCCGCAACAACAGCAACGGUUACAGGGUUAUCCUCAAGCUGGGCCUCAGGUUCAUCCACCACCUACAGCCCCUAAGCCUGGUGGAGGAAUGCCUCAGAGGCCACCAUUGCCAAAUGAUGAAGUUGGAUUCAGAGAUUCGCCUCCUCCACCUCCCCCACCAACAUCCACUCAUCCACUCUACAAGACAAGUCCAGCUGUUGACUCACGAUACAGUGCCUCUUCUGAAGGAGCUCCUCGAGGAAAUUUCUACCAACCCAAUGCUAACAACCAGGGUACUCUUCCAGGAAGACACAUUCAGUUUAAUACAGCUACUAAUCCUUGGGAUCGAGAAGAAAAAGAACGGGAACAAAUCAGACGACGGGAGGCUGCACGACAAUGGCGGGACCAACAGAUUGCAGAGCUCUCUGCGCUGCCAAGCCGAUCACCACAACAAGAGGAGCAAUUGCGAGCUCUGCGGAUGGAGCGAGAAUUCCAGAGGCGAGCUGAAGAAGCUGCUCGGCAUGAUGACGAGGAGGAGGAUGAUCAAGAGAGUCCAGAGCGGAACCAGGGUCUCCUGCGCCUGGCUCAGCCCACUUUAACACCCCAGCAACAGCAACAUUCACCACCUCAACAACAAGCACAGCAAUCACCUCCACAAAAUUCCCAGCAGCAUCAGCAGCCACCCAUUCAACAAGUGGCUCAGUCACGUCCCUACAACCAACAGAAUGGAAUUAUUGGACGAACAUCAGUCCCACCUAAUGAGGAGAAGGAGAGGCAAAAGCGACUCGAUGAUAUGAAAAGAAAACAAGCUGAAAUGGAGCGCGAACGUGAACAGCAACAAGCUGAGGAGCGGUAUAGGGAAGCUCAAAAACAGCGAAGGGAGGAAGAAAUGCGUCACCAUCAUCAGCAACAACAGCGGUUAUCAAAUCAACCACCCCAGUCAAUUCUUAAUUCCCCAACAAAGAAUCAUGUCCAAUUUAACAACAGUAUUAAUAGUAACAACAACAACCAACAAAAUAAUGCAAACCGAUCGGGACAGUAUACAAGCCCCUUGACUGGGAAGCACCCUGCUGCCAGUCACUUGAGAUUAGAAAAUCUAGUUAUGAAUGGACCAUCCACUCCUCAGACGCCUCCCCAGGGAUACCAGCACAUGAAUGGUUACCCCAACAGCCCUGCAGCUUACAACAACAACCAAAAUUUCCACAAUGAGGCCACUUCUCCAACAACACCUUCAGGCCCUCAACAGAGACUGGAUACUCUCCUCCAUGGCUCAUCACCAUCAGACAAAACUGCAUUCCCGCCUCAGCCUCCUGAGCGUGGCUCAUCCUACUCCAUCAUGAUGUCACAGCCCAACCGCCAGCCGCCUCCCUCUGGACCACUUUCCCCCUCUUCAAGUGGAGGUCUUCAAAGAAGUUGCCUAUCGACUCCUGGUGACCAGACAACAAGUUCAACGAAAAGAGUGUCAUUCCACGACCCUGGCUCAAGCCAACCACCCCCACCUCCAUCAACUCAGCCUCCGCCCAUUAGAGAAGAUCCAAAUCACUUUAUCAAUGAGGCCGAGACCAUGUUGGCAUCUCCCAAGACCCCUGAUGGACCUGGCGGAAUCUUUGUGGGAUCAACUCCAGGGGUCAUUGGAGCACAGGAAGUCUACAGGGAUCCAAGGCAAAGGAGGUUGGCUGAACAGCAGCAGCAACAGCAGAAGCAACAAACAUCCAGAGUACCCGAGAAACUUACCUUCAAGGAGAAGAUGAAGAUGUUUGCCAUGGAGACUGGUGAAGAUGGCACUCCCCGAGACAAGGUUAAAAUAUCCCGAGCGCAGAGGGACAUAGACACCAUAGCUUCUCCUGCAGCUAAUAACUCAUAAAUAAGAUCAACUAUACUGUACUGUUGGGAGUGAUGUGUUUUCUUGUCCUUUUUACCUUUAUUUUUAGAAAUGUUUUUGUAUAAAAUCAAUUGUAAUUUUUGUUUUAUCCACUUAGUCUUUUUUUGUUUGUUUGUGUACAACCAGCAAUAUCAUGUUCAUAAUGUAGUGGCUGAUUUUUUAUGCCAAGAAGCCGUCCAGCUGAUGUGGCAAGUUUGUUUAUCUUUGUCAUUCUCACCUAUUGUAACUAUAGAUUUGUCGUUUUUGAGUUUGUCUUUCAGUCUGGCUGGCUCUAGUUGUGUACAUAGUUUAGCCGACAGCACGUCAUUGUAUCAAAGUGUAAUAUGCAUUUGUAAUCAUGAAAUAGCUCUUUGAGCUGAAUGUGUGAUGUGUUGUUUAUUAUUUAUUUUUCCAGCUCUUGACGAGAAAUGUUUGUAGCAAAGAUCAUGAGAUUUUAUUGAAUGUUAUGACAAAUUCCUUUUUAGAGGAAGAGUAUUACUAUUUCUUGUUGGACAUUUUAUGUUUUGUAGUAUUUUUGACAACAAUGUGUCCUGUACCUUUAUUGUGAUAUGGUUGCUUAUUGAACCAUAACAUCUUAUGAAAGUUUAUUGUAGCUUAAAGCUGUAUGAGCUGUACCUAAAUGAAGCUUGAAUUAAAUUUUGUGAGUCUAUUUUUACACUUGCUCCUAUUGUUGUAGAAAAUAUUUGAGAGAUAGCUAUUUAGCAUGGAAUAGGAAAUUUUAAAGUUUGACUAUAUUAUGUAUAAUGUAAAUUUUCAUCAAUUGUAUUUCAUGUUAUAUGUAUCUAUGUAAAGGCAAAUACUAUUAUUGCAUGUAUGUAUAGUAAAUGACAUCUUUACAAGACAAGGAACAAAUAAAAUCGAUAAAUAAAGUUUUUGCCUCGUUA